AUGGCUCCAUAUGAAGCACUUUAUGGCCAUAAGUGUAGAUCUCCAAUUCGUUGGGAUGAAGUAGGUGAACAAAAGAUCAUAGACCCCGCUGCAGUGCCUUGGAUUGAGGAGGCACGAGAGAAAGUAAAGUUAAUACAUCAGAGAAUUCAAAUCACACAGAGUCGUCAGAAGAGCUAUACAGACAAUCGGAGGAAGGAUUUAGAAUUUGCGGUUGGAGACCAAGUUUUCCUUAAGAUCACUCCUCUGAAAGCGAGCCUGAUGGCAGGAAAAGGAAAGAAGUUACAACCUAGAUUCGUAGGGCCUUAUAAGAUUCUUCAACGUGUGGGAAAUGUGGCAUAUAAGUUGGAAUUGCUGCCAAGUUUAUCUCGGAUUCACAAUAUUUUUCACGUAUCGAUGCUCAAGAAAUAUCAUCCAGAUUCGUCUCAUGUUCUACAACCGGAGAAUAUUGAGAUUGACAAAGCACUGAUCUAUGAGGAGAAACCGAUAAAGCUUCUAAAUUGUAAGCUGAAAGAGGUAAGGAAUAAGCGAAUCCCGUUGGUGAAAGUUCUUUGGAGAAACCACGGAUUAGAGGAAACAACUUGGGAAGUAGAAGAAGAAAUUCGAGAAAAAUAUCCAGAUCUAUUUCCAAAUCAAGGUGGAAGAAGAUUGCUUGAAUUCAACGAAUUAGAGGAACACCGACUACACACUUAUGAAAAUGCCAAAAUUUAUAAGGAUAAGAUCAAAUAUUGCUACACAAAAAGCCCCAUCGUUAUACGAUCUCGCAGUCGGGCUUUGAGAAACUGUGUAAACAUGGGUACAUACCCGGAAUCAUCCGACAGGCCUGUAACGGCCCGGUUAGCUGAUUUGGCAAAUCGAGGAGCUUAA